CUCGCACAGAAAGUUCCUUUUUUGUGUGUCAAAAAUAAAGCGAGGUGAAAAGUGCAAGUAAUAGUUCAAAAACGAAGAACAGUAGAAUAAUACGAAGUCAUGUAGUUUCUAGCUCACCCAGAGCAGAGAGUGCGUCCUUGGGACUAUCCUCUUGUGUCUUGGUAGCUGGUACACGAGGGAAGAGUGGCAAAUACUCGCCUCGCCCGCAGCAUGAUCUUGUUCGCAGCUGCAGAGCCGUCGUAGAUAUUUUUUACUCAUCUCUGAAUUGUGUAUUGAGUGGACGUGCGAAAGCAGAUGGAGAGCAUGGACGACCUAGUGCUGGACACAUUGUCGAAAGCUGCACCUGGUACUAGCUUGAGUACGCUGCAAAUUGCUCGCAGUGCAGGAGUUCAGUCCAGGGCUGAGAUCAACCCAACUCUGUAUCAGCUGCAGGCGGCUGGAAAGGUGGAGCAGACCUCCAGCAGUCCAGCAAUGUGGCGGAUACUAGCACACGAAGCUGCAGUCAGUUCUCGAAGCAACGCCGAUGAUGACACAACUAGCACUGAUCCAGGCCACUUUGCAAGCUACACAGACGGUGAUGCAUUGGCGACACGGAACGAUCCUGCUGCAGCGGAUGAUAUGUACAGCACCGGGGAUGCUCUGAAUGAUACCGGCACUGCUAUGUCUACAAGUAGUGUACAAUCACAAGUUGUUGUCGAGCAGGAGACUGGCUCAACAGCUAUUGCUCACACUUCACAUGAUGUGUCACAUGAUACGUCACACGAUACGUCACAUGAUAUAUCACAGGGGAACGCGAAUCAUUCUGGUGAAGACAUCAUGGACGGUGUUGAAACAGGCGCAGCAUGCACUCACGAAGAGCACACCGCAUCCAUGACAUCACCCACGAUGUCAUCGCCCGACGCUGCACAGACUGCAGAGCCGGCCAGUGAUGUCGUCCGUUUCAUGAGCAGUCGUGGAGUGGCAUGCUCGACUCUGGAGAUAGGCAAGGCUGUUGGCCUGGGUACGAGAGCUCAGAUAAAUCCCAUCCUGGCAAUCCUGGAAGAGAAAGGCGUAGUAGACAAAGUGCAAGAUUCACCAGCCAUGUGGAAACUACAAGGUUUAAACCCAGCUGGUACAACCGCAGCUGUCCCUCGUGAAGACAUGUAUACGGAUGCGGCACCUCAACCAGCGAAUAGACCGAUGCCGGAUAGACCGAUGCCGGAUAGACCGAUGCCGGAUAGACCGAUGCAGGAUAGACCUAUGCCGGAUAGACCGAUGCAGGAUAGACCGAUGCCGGAUAGACCGAUGCCGGAUAGACCGAUGCCGGAUAGACCGAUGCCGGAUAGACCGAUGCAGGAUAGACCUAUGCCGGAUAGAUCUAUGCCGGAUAGACCGAUGCCGGAUAGACCGAUGCAGGAUAGACCGAUGCAGGAUAGACCUAUGCCGGAUAGACCGAUGCAGGAUAGACCUAUGCCUGAUAGACCUAUGCCGGAUAGACCGAUGCCGGAUAGACCUAUGCUGGAUAGACCGAUGCCGGAUAGACCGAUGCAGGAAGCGAAUGUGCCUAGCAGUUCGUCACCCGUCGCGGCCAUUAUGGAGUUUCUGAGGACUUGCUCGCGCCCCGCUUCUUCCCUGGAGGUGGGUCGCUCGGUGGGCCUAACACUGCGUAGUCAGAUCAACCCGCUGCUGGAGGACCUGGCUGGCCAGGGAAUGAUCAGCAAACGACAAGACAUGCCUGCCAUGUGGUCCCUGCCACAGUCCUCACCGGCGCCUGUUGGCGAGCCCAUCCGCACCGACACACGGCCUGCUCCGCUUGCUGCUCGCUCUGCUGCCUCGUCUCUAGAAGACCAGCUGCUUGAUGCUCUGCGCCAGAAAGGCUCGCUGUGCAGUACGCUGGAGCUGGCGCGCGCCGUUGGCCUGAAGACGCGGGCAGACGUCAACUCCAAGCUCUACGCGCUCAAGAAUUCGGGUAGCGUCGUACUCGUUCAGGAAAUGCCGCCGAUGUGGAAGCUCGGAGCCUCUAGCACUGCACCGUUUGCGGGAAAUGCGCUUGGCAGCGUUUCCCGUGCAUCGUCGUCAUUGUCUGCCACUCCGUCUUCCUCUUCAGCACCGCCACGCACUGAGCAGGCCAUCUUGGAGUUCCUGCAGGGCUCAGGCAAGCCAUGCUCAUCGCUGGAGAUUGGCCGCGCUGUCGGUCUGGGUACGCGCAGUGCCGUCAAUCCCGUCCUGUACGCCAUGGCGGCGCGCGGUGCCAUUCGCAAAGUGCAGGAUAGCCCGCCAAUUUGGGAACUCAGCUCAUCGUCAUCACCAGCAGUGGCACCAGCACCACAUACUGGUCACACGAGACCACCAAUGAUGAGUCAUGCUGCGCAGAGUAGUACUCGCAGUGGCCGUGUGUCCACCCACGACGGGAUAUUGGAGUUCCUCUCGUCCCAGCGCAAGCCGUGCAGCUCAUUGGAGAUUGGCCGCAGUGUUGGCUUGAACACUCGACAGGAGAUCAAUCCCAUCUUGGAAGCAAUGGCUGCCGAUGGCCACCUGAGGAAGACACAGGAUAUGCCGACGAUGUGGGCACGGAACAAUCAUGAGCCGCUGGCCAAGCGGCCCUAUGUGGAAGCAAUGCGUGAUAUGUCCGUGAAGCAGCCAGCCACUUCGGCGUAUGGCCACCAGCGCGCUCCUUUGCCAGGGAUGCCAGCAUCUCAACCGCGACCGCUGGGACUGCGACCUCCUGCACCCGCGCCUCCACCAUCAGCAACACCAUACAGACCACCACCACAGCAGCAGCAGCAGCCGCAGGGUGCACUGCCAGCACUCUCCACCUCGAUGAUGUCUGCCAUGAACAAGAAUCCGGUGAGUGCUGUUGUGGAGUACGCUCAGUCCAUUGGUGUGGAGUCCUCGUUCAAUGUGGUCAACAGUCAUGGACAGGCACACAGGAAGAAAUUCACCGUAGCCGCUGUGGUUGGCCCUGACCGCUUUCACGGCACCGCCACCAACAAGAAGGAUGCCAAACGCGAGGCGGCCGAGGCGGCUCUGCGCGCAAUCCAAGCUGGCCACCUGACCUCACAGCGUGGCAGUGGUGGAGGUGCUGCUGGUCGUGCUGGUGUGGCAUCAGCCAUGCCUGCUGCACCUGCGGGGCAUCAGCGAAACAGCAGUGGCCAUCACGGCGGAGUACAUGCGAGUGGUCCGAACACCGCCGCAGUGCACGGUGGAGGCAUGUCGACCAACCAGCGGAUGGGAGCCAGCGUGGACGUCGCUUCCGGCAUGCCGCAGCGCCUGCUCUCGGCUCGGGGAGCGUACCCCGACAUGCUGGCCUCGAUGAGCCACCAGCUCUUUGACCAGCUGGCAGUGACGUGCGAUGCGGGCCAGCCGGGCCGCAAGGUGCUGGCCGCGUUCGUCAUGGUGACCGAGGACAAGGAGGCGCGCGUGGUGUCGGUGGGAAGCGGCACACGCUGCGUCACCGGACAGCACCUGAGCCUGGAGGGACUCGCCGUCAACGACUCGCACGCCGAAAUCGUGGCGCGCCGCUCGCUGCUGCGCUUCCUGUACGCGCAGGUGGUGCGCUUCAACGCCGGCGACAACGACACCUGCCUGGAGCCGUCGGCUCAGCGCGGUGUGCUCAAGCUGAAGCGCCAGAACAGCCUGCAUCUGUACAUCAGCACUGCGCCAUGCGGUGAUGGCGCGCUGUUCUCCAAGCGCGACGCGCAGCACAUGGCCGCGCAGCCGGAGACCUGCGCAGUGCACAGCGCCACGUUUGACAACAAGCAGCAGGGAGUGCUGCGAACAAAGGUGGAGAUGGGAGAGGGUACGAUACCAAUCAGCCAUGACGACGCACAGCAGACCUGGGACGGCGUCAUCCGCGGCCAGCGUCUUCGCACCAUGUCCUGCUCCGACAAGCUGGCGCGCUGGAACGUGCUCGGCCUGCAGGGUGCACUGCUCUCGCACUUUAUGGAGCCCAUCUACAUGUCGUCGCUGACCCUCGGUGCCCUAUACGACGCUGGUCACUUGUCCAGAGCCGUUUGCUGUCGUGUCGACGGGGCUAAGGAGACGUUGCCCAUUGGCUACCGAGUGAACCACCCUGUUCUGAACCGCGUCUCCGUUGCCGACCAGAUGCAGCGCUCCACAGAGAAGACGAGCGACAGCAGUCUCAAUUGGUGCUUGGGCGAUACGAAUGCCGAGCUGACGCACGGACCGCACGGACGCAUCCCGGGAGCGAGCGGUCACGAUGGUGCACCUCGCGUUUCUAAGCGACGCCUGGCAGACCUGUUCGUCUCUGCGUGCAAGGCAGCCGGACGGGACGACCUUCUCGCUGCUGCCACGUACCAGGAGGCCAAGAAAGGCGCUGGCUCAUUUCAGGAAGCCAAGCGAGCACUCAUCACGCACUGCCGUCGAAAGGGCUACGGCCCAUGGGUUCACAAGCCAGUAGAGCAGGAGCAAUUUCCCCUGCCGUCUGCUGCUCCACAGUGACUUCUAGCCGCAACCUGUACCUCCGCAGCCCGAUAAAAAGAACUGUGGAAAUGUGUGGUCAAUGGGUGCACAAGUCAGUAGAGCAGGGGCAGUUUCCCCUGCCAUCUGCUGCUCCACAGUGAAUUCUAGUCACAACAUCCGCAGCCCGAAAAAAAGAACUCUGGAACUUGUUUUCUGCCUGCUAUUAACAUACCAGGACUGUCUCUGAUCAGAGCUGUUUAUGUGCAGCCCACUGUUCCUAUCUUCUCUUUAGUCCAGGAAACAGACAGCUGUGUAUCCGUGUGGUCUUGGCCCUUCCAAGCCCAUAUGGCUGUGUUCAUCUUGAUAGCCACAGCACAUCAACAAUCACUGUACUGCUGUUGAUCACGUCUCUACUCUAGCCGGUUCCGUUCCACUCUCGAGCUACACACAUUUUCGCAAUUUGCCAGUCGCCAGAACACCAACACUGAUUUUUUUCUCCGCCCAUUCUUUCUUGCUGGCACAGGGCGCAUGGCCACUGAAUACUUCUCUGGAUGUUGUUGAAUAUUUCGACAUUUCUUACAAUACAUACUAAUGCUACCAAGA